CUUUGUUAAACAUGAUUUUGGUUCUGGUUAACCUUGUUUUGUGGCAUAAUUUAUAAGGCAUCCAUGUACUUGUUCAUUCAUUCAUGAUUCGUACAUCCAUUGGAUGCUUAUCCGUCUUUGAUAGAGUUCAAAGUUCUGUUAUACUCGUCAUUAAAUCCAUGCCAUUCUUUGCCAACUUGUCUUGUGAUGGGUUCAAAGCGUAACCCCACAACUGUUUCUUUUGUGGCUUUGGCAGGAUUUAUUUUUAUUCGUUGUGCUUCCCAUAUCACCUCAGCCUCUAGUAGCUCAUUUCAUGGUAAACCCUGUUAAGUGAUUAGUGUUCUGUUGUUAUGUGUAGUUGUGAUUUGAUAUCAGAGUGGCGCAGCGGAAGCAUAAUAGGCCAUGUCUGUUCAUAGAAAGUGAGUGAGGCAUUUGUUUGUCUUGGAUUGUGUGAAGCCAUUCACCAGUCUAGAUGAUCCCCAAUUUGAGUUUUGGGGACAAAACUCCUUUUUAGGAGGGGUGAAUGUAAUAUCCCAAAUUUUCGGGAAUUUUAUCAUUUAAGUUAGGGACUUGAUUGUGAGAAAAGAUUGUUUUGGGGCCUAAUGUGAAUAUGUCCAAAGUUGAGGGACUUAAAGAGGGAAAGAUUUUGGAUAAGGAUGGCUUAUUUCUUUUUCUCCUUUUCCUCUUUCUUCCUCACCCGAUUCUGCUCUUCUUCCCGUUGCAGCCCAAAAUUUCCCCCAAGCAAGCCGCCGGCACCAGCCUUGAGAAACCGGUUGGAAAAGCUUGGUUUUCUCCUUCUUUUCUUGCUCUAGAACACAUGUAGAACCCAGAAAUUCUUCCUUCCCCUGUUGGAAAAUCCUGAUCUGCCUUGCUCUGUCCGCCGGCUGCUGCUGCUAGGCCUGAAAUUCUGGGCAUUUUUCUGCCCGUGAGCUUUCUUCUUCCAUGCCGCCGGCCUUCCCCAAUCUGCAGCCCCGGUUUUAGCUGGAGAAUUAUGGUUCCCGAUCGUUCUGUCAGUUAGUGCGUGAAUUGAGUGCUCGGUUUUAUGCAAGUGAGGUAAGUAAAUUUAUGGUAAUGCC